UUCAUUUGUUUUUUAUAAGAUGGCAGAGUAAAUGGAACAAUCUGCCACCGGGCAAGCUUAUUUUGCAUCGAUUUUAUGGCCCACCGCACGAAAAUUUUCGGCCAGCAACGCAGUGAGAGGUCGGCCUGUUAGUUGGACACGCGUUCUGCUCAUUUCCGAAAAUAACGGCUUGAGAGAAUGCCAUGACAGAGCCGGACCGACACUUGGGUGCCGACGACAGUGGCUCAAGUGCUGAGGAGGCAGCAGGCGGUUCAGGCACCGGACUGGAGGAGGAAAGCGAGCGGCAGUCGUCGCCAGGCGGCCAUAAGGCCGGCGACGACGCAGCCGGCAACCACAGCGGCACGGAUGGCGGCUCGAUGACCAACGGAGCCGGCAACGGUGGCACCGGCAACAACAAGAUGUUCGAGUGCGACGUGUGCAACAUGAAGUUCUCAAAUGGAGCGAACAUGCGGCGGCACAAGAUGCGACACACUGGGGUCAAGCCUUACGAGUGCCGCGUGUGCCAGAAGCGCUUCUUCCGCAAGGACCACCUGAUGGAGCACUUCACGACGCACACCAAGUCGCUGCCGUACCACUGUCCCAUCUGCAACAAGGGCUUCCAGCGGCAGAUCGCCAUGCGGGCCCACUUCCAGAACGAGCACGUUGGCCACAACGACGUGGUCAAGACAUGCCCUCUCUGCACCUACAGGGCCACCUCCAUGAAGAGUCUCAGGGUGCACUUCUUCAACCGGCACGGCAUCGACCUGGACAACCCGGCCACGCCACCCGGCCUCACCAAUCCAGGGCUGCGCUUUGAUUCGGGUGACGUGGACCGCUCGCAGGACUCCACGUCGCCCCUGCAGAUGAUUCCACCGCACUUCCUUGCACCGCAUGUCGAGAUUUCCAUGGCACCCGCAGGUGGCUCGUCAUUCCACAGUUCUGGGGGCAGCUUCUCUCCGCCGGCGGACCUGAGCCAGCAGCGGCCGGGCUCGACCAAUGGCACUGCCAACUCGCCGUCCGCCUCGCCGCAGUCGUCCAACUCGAACACUCCGUCCAGCACAGCGCAGCAGGCGGCGUCGGCAGAGCUUGCGCCGCCCUCCAUCUCCCUGAUCCCCAUCAAGCAGGAGCCUAAGGAUGACUCUGGGGGCGGCGGCGGUGGGGGCGGCUCCACCACCACCCCCGAGAGGCAGUCGUUGGAUAGCAACGGUCAGCCGCUUCAAGAGAGUGCGCUAUCCCUGAUCAAGGUGUCGCCGCUGAAGUCGCUGUUGCGCGACGAUGCGUCGUCAGCGCCGCGGCGGGGGCGGGCCUCCGCCCUGGCACAGUGCUUGGAGCAGCCCCCAAGGGGUGGCAUGCCCGGCGGCGGCUGCUGCCAAUGUGUUCAUUGUGGAAUUGUGUUUCCUGAUCAGACCCUAUACUUCCUGCACAAGGGCUGCCACUCCGACAGUAACCCAUGGAAAUGUAAUAUCUGUGGUGAGCAAUGCUCAAACAUCUACGAUUUUAACUCACAUUUGCUCAGCAAGACGCACCAAUGACUUGUCACUCGUAGCUGAAACUCUCACGAGGCAGCUUGCGAAGUCUAGAUUCUGUUGUUUAACGUAUGAUUUCGGAUGUCAUCAUACCUUGUUGUUGUUUUUCGUCAGAAACGCUUUUGAAAUUCAAUUUUUGUUUGAGACUUGUUAACUUUUAAAUUGGCUCAUUCGAUUCUAUAUUGUUAUUAUUAUUUUGCCUCACGCAUUUUGAAUAAUUCGCUGAUCGCAGUGCUGCCUCCUGGUUAGGGGAAAUUAAUAUUCAAAUUUUAGCAUUCCUUCUCUGCAUAUUACCAUUUGUGACCAAUGAAGGGCUCUGGUGUUAAUAUAACAAAAGGGACUGACUGAAAUAUUACAAACUAGGCGUCGCUCGGUGUUAAGAAGGCCCCUAAAGUACGACAAGAGUUGAGAAUGAAAUCGCUUUCAUAAAGUAGAUAUUUGCAUGACAAAACUUCCAGUGCCUCACUGAUAACGGUUAUAUAUGAAAUACAAGUACGUACGUUUAUUGUUUUAGCUUAAAAAUAAAGGAGCAAGAGGUAGCAAACUAUAGGAACAGAGAGGACAUGUAUGUGGAUUCAUCCAUGUAAUUAAAAUUACUACCACUGCACCAUAGGUGAAUUUAAGCAGAGUUAUAUUAACUACGAUGCAUACAAUGAAUAUUUAUGUAGGUACUUUCCGAUUAAUUAAUUAUACUGCAUAUUUAUAUCAUAUCAGCAAGGAAAAGUGUUAAUCCAAAAGGUGUACAGUGACACAUUCUUCUACUACGGUUAGAGAUACACUUGAAUAUAACGUUAAAAACGCUGAACACAAACUUCGGCCGAGCUAUAGCGAAAGAAAACAAAAAUGCAGCCGUAUUCGUUGACGAUGACAUAGUAUAUUUUAUGACUUAUUCUUACAGUCGGUUCAGGAUUUAGAAUCAUACUUCAAAAGUAAAGUUGAACAAACCAACCAACCAACAAACAAAAUAAUGCUUCACGAAAUAUUGCAAAUCACACUCACAUGGAAAUUUAACUCGAUCACUAUCUAUCGAAUCAUAGCCAAUCGCGCGCUUUCAGAUCCAAUCUUUUUAACUCGCUAUGCUAACUCUAGUCUAAUUAUAUUCUAAAGAAGUAAUCACAGUUAUACCUAGAGUAGCCAGAAACGUGGCUUUGCCUGACCGAAAAAGAAGUGGCAAGGUAGUAGCGAUGGUGUUGCGUCGGUUCAGGAGGCGAGAAGCUGUAGCAGUGUAUCUCUUAAAGUCAGUAUUAAAAAGUGCACCUUUAAAGUAACGAGGGGUGGGUUAGCAUGCAGCGUCAGCCUUCUUUUCGUUUUCUAUAACGAGAGGGAGACUUGUGCCCUGCAUAUUUCCGUUGAUUGCUGCGGAUUUGUGCAAAGGAAAAUGCCAUAUUGACAAACUGUAGAGAGAGAGAUAUAGAGAAUCAUCACUGAACUUUGUGAUUCACUGACGUAGAAAUCGAACGACUUAAUUUUUAGGCAACUUGAUCAGUUGAAGAUUCAGAAAUUGUCACCCGGUUGUGAUGUGCAAGUUAAAAAGAGAUAUAUAUUCGAAGGAAAUUUACAUGUUUUGUCUUAUAACUGAAUGAGCGAUUUUUGUGCGGCUGGCUUGCAGAUUGUUAUUUUUGUUAUUUAUAUAUAUACCAUGAAAAAUUGUUGUUGCGAAUUAGUCCUUUGUGUUAUCGACUUUGGCCUGAAUAUUGAUCAUAUUGAUCGGGCGUUUUCCCGACCCGCUGAACCCGUCUUUUGGCAGACAAUGGCAGCCAACUGAAUUCAUUUCUUUUCUGUUCAAGACUGAAAUUUAUUUCUUUCGCCUCUUCCUGCUGUUCUAAUUGUAAUAUUUUUGUUUUUGGGAUCAACGGGUCUCCAAAAUUGUUGACGUAGGAAUUGUUAAAGAAGCUGGUAUUUAAUGGAGCUGGUCUUUCACAGCUAAAUUUUCGCUAGAAGUGUUAUUUAGGCAUUCAAAUACUCGAUUCCGAACACAUGAAAAGGGGUGGAACUUGAUACAUGUAAUUUAGCAUGCAAAGGCUUCGACCACAGCACUGUCCAUUCACAUUCCCCUUUUGCGGUAGUCUCGAAAUAUUCCAUUUACAUAAACGCGAUUUCAUCAGAGUAACGCUUAGCUGUAAAAGAGAGGAGACGAGAUGUUGGAAUUUGUAAUCACACCACAUUUCUUUUAUUCCAGUCGCUCCACGUUUUCUCAAAAUUUCAAAGAGACGUGGUGGGAGAAAUUUAAACGCGUCUCUUUUUUAUUGUGGAAUUACCAAUUUUAUGGAAAUGCGACUGGUGAGCAAAGCGUCAUUGACAGUUUCUUUUCAUUAUUGUUCCUAUUUGAAAUUUGUGCCCGGAAGGAAAAACUUUGACUUCCGCACAUUGAUAGAGAAAACGAAUCAUUCAAACAAACACAUAAAACACUGCACCUCUCCGAGCGUCGUGGACACACAUACUAAAAUGAGAUGUAGAAAUUAAUUUGUUGAUUAAUUAUAAUAUUAUGUACAUUGCAAGAAUGUAAUUAUUAUCCUUUAUGAAUUAAUAAUCAAUGGAAACACACACACACACACACACUCUGAAUUAAUUGAAAAGACCAAAAACUGUUGAAACGAAUCUAUUACUCUAUAGCUUAAUUACUAUCGAAUUAAAGGUAAUCGCGUUACUAGGUAUAUGAUUAUUACAAGUUUAUGGAUUAUAAAAAAGUGAAACGGGCAUCAAAUUAAUAUUCUAUAUUUUAGAAUACAAGGUUGUAGGUAUAUAAUUAUCAAAAUUGUUACAAAAACAGAACCUUUGUGCGACCAUACUAACUGCUGCUGGCAUUGGUUUCCAUGGAGAAUUGGCUCUUCUAUGUGAUCGAUUUAAAAAAUAAGCAAAACCGCAAAACAAUUCAAAUGUGCAUGAUUAAUUAUGUCUUGUUGGUCAGUUAGUACCAAGUGCAAAGAUGUGCCUUCUCGUCAUACAAGCUGUAAUAAAAUUAUAUUUAUUGAGCUUAGA